AUGGUGGAGGAGCGACGACGACUGAAUAACAUGCUAAGUUUGAGACGAUUGGAUCCUAAUCAUGCAGCAAGUCGUUCAACAACGGGUAAAAAGAUACGCGAUCCGAAAUGUGCAUUGUGCUCUGCACAUGGCAAUAAACAACCGCUUAGAGGACACAAAAAAGCGCAGUGUCCAUUUCUGAAGUGUGGAUGUCAUCUGUGCGGUCUGGUUGAAAAUCGACGAACACUAAUGGCCCGUCAAAUAAAACUAAGACGAGAUCAACAGAAACAACGGAGGGCGCAACUUAAUGCUGCUGCCGCCGCUGCAGGCCUUACUGCUACAACAAACAUCGCUGCAAACAGUUUAAUUUUGGAGCAAUCGAAGCAACUUGGUGUGUCGGACAAUAGUGCAAAAAUAGAGGAACCGGUGCGUGUACCACCGCUCCUGCCAGUGUUACCAAAACCACAAAUUAUGGAGUCCAGACCAUCUAUCCCAGUAAUUUUCCAGCCAACUGCAAUAUUACCCACAACGUCAAUGUUUAUUUCACCAAUGGAUAAUAUCGAUUUGCGUUUUAUGUCUCUAAACUAUCACCAUGUGAUGAAUCCAAUACCGCUCCAGUUCGCUCCGAUCUUACCGUAUACGCCAACGUUACCAUUUCUGUCAGCACCUUAA